AUGACAUCUCCGUCCUUCCAAGCCCGGCUCCGCGCCGCUAUCCCAGACGGGCCCGACGCCCCCACCCUCCCAUCCCCGGCCUCUCUCGCCGCCGCGUCGGCUUCCCUACCCCGACGGUCAUCGCCAUCUCACAGUACGGGUGCCGGUGCCGGUGCAAAGGGAGAGGAAUCCUCCUCCUCCACUAAUAGCUCCGGCUACCUCGCCCCGCUCGGCACCGAAGCAACCCUAACCCACAUCCUAAAAGACAUCGUCCCCGCCCUCAACGGCCAGGCGCGCAGCGGACGGUACUACGGCUUCGUCACCGGCGGGACCCUACCCGUCGCCGAGGCGGCGGAUAAUAUCGUCUCGGCGCUGGAUCAGAAUGUGCAGGUGCAUUUACCGGGGCAGACUGUCGCUACGGAGGUGGAGAGCGUUGCGUUGGGGAUGCUUGCUGAUGUGUUGGGGCUCGAGGACGGGAGCGUCAGCGAAGGAGGAGGUGCUGGUGGAAGAGAGGAGGUGUGGAAGGGGAAAACAUUCACCACCGGCGCAACGGCAAGCAACAUCCUCGGCCUCGCGUGCGGAAGGGAGCACAUCAUCGCGAAAAGCGGCGGGAAUGUAGGGGAACAGGGGCUUCUGGGUGCGUGUGUGAGCGCGGGAGUAAAGGGGGUGAGGGUGUUGACGAGUAUGGGGCAUAGUUCGCUUUCCAAGGCGGCGAGCGUGGUAGGCAUCGGGAGAGCCAACGUCGUGGAGCUGCCGCUGAGUGAGGACGAGCCGUGGAGGUUGGAUAUGGAGGCCGUGGAGAGGGCGCUUAGGGAAGGAAAGGAGGAAGGGGUUGUGAGUAUUAUUGCGGUGAGCGCGGGAGAGGUGAAUACGGGGAGGUUUGCGACGGGGGGAAAGGGGGAGAUGGAGAGGCUGAGGGGGUUUGCUGAUCGGUUUGGGGCGUGGAUUCACGUUGAUGGCGCUUUUGGCAUCUUUGCGAGGGCUCUCGAGGCGAAGCCCGAGUUUGCAAAGAUUAGAGAGAUGGCUUCUGGGCUGGAACUCGCGGACAGCAUCACCGUGGACGGACACAAGCUUCUGAACGUGCCCUACGACUGCGGCAUGUUCUUCUGCCGCUCCCUCCCAACCCAAACAGUCGUCUUCACGAACCCAAACGCAGCCUACCUUUCCCCGGCCGGCGCCUCCACCAUCCCCUCCCCUCUCAACAUCGGCCUCGAGAACUCGCGCCGCUUCCGCGCGUUACCGGCCUACGCCGUCCUCCGGUCCGAAGGGCGGAGCGGGUUGGCGGCGAUAUUGGGCCGCAUGGUUCUCCUCGCGCGGAAGUUGGCCUUAUGGAUCCGGGAGGAUGCUUCGGGGGCGUAUGAAUUGCUUCCCGAGGGGGCAUGGGAUAUCGAGGAGACGACGCACAUGGUUGUGCUGUUCCGCGCGAGGGACGAGGGGUUGAAUGAGGAGCUCGUGGGCAGGAUCAACGGGACGAGGGAGGUGUAUGUUAGCGGGACGAGUUGGAAGGGGAGGAAGGCUGUGAGAGUGGCUGUUGGGAGUUGGAGGGUUGAUGUUGAGAGGGAUUUUGAGGUUGUGACGAGGGUUUUGGGGGGUAUCGCUGCAGCGUGGGCAAGGGGGUAA